AUGCGGCUUCUCAAGACGGGCGCCUUUGUGCGGGCAGCUCAAUCUGCCAGAAUCGCGGUUUCCAGAGCUCCAGUCCGAGCGGCUCUCGCGCAGUCAAGAUGGUCGAGCUCGCAGACAGCUGCAGCUGCAGCUGCAGAAACACAACAUCCGUUUCCCGAUCAGUCGGUCGAGAUAUCACGAGAAGUCGAUCCUACAAAAACCGCCCCCGAGUCGAAGGACCAGCAAGAGCAGGAACGCUUCGAGAAAAAGUCAAAAGAGCUGAACCACGGAAAGAGGCUGGUCCAUGAGAAUCUUUCCGGCGUAAACAUUCUGGGCAAGCCAUACACCUUCGACAACACUACCAAUGUCUCCGAUUCAAUUCUACGGCUCGUCGGCCGCAAUCUCUAUAGUACUCCUGACCACCCUAUCGCCAUCACACGUGCGUUGGUCGAAUCGUGUUUUCCCAAGCCGACCUACAACCAUUUCACAGUUGCCGACCCUGUCGUGACCACACACGAGAACUUCGACGUCCUGGGCUUUCCGAAGGACCACCCUGGCCGGUCCAGGACGGACACAUACUACAUCAACUCAACUCAUUUGUUGCGGACACACACAUCGGCGCAUCAGCAUGCAGCUUUCCAGUCACUAGUCAAUGACGAAGCGACGGGAUUCACUAUCUGUGCUGAUGUCUACCGACGCGACAGCAUCGACAAGAGCCAUUUCCCCGUCUUCCACCAGAUGGAAGGAGCACGGGUUUGGGAUUUGCCAGUUUCCGCCGAUUCGAGAUACGAAGCCCAGCUACGAAGGAAGGAAAUCAUCGCGAAAGACGUGGACGAAGUACCCCAGACGCGGAUUGUCGUGGAGGACCAGGCCACGAAAUUUCUCAAGGGAUCAAACCCCACGCAGCUUGAACACGAUGCAGAAGAGGUGAGGCUUGUCGUCGCUCACCUCAAGAGAAGCCUGGAGUACCUGGUGGACGGGGUCUUUGAAGCUUCACGACAGAUGAUACCCGCCUCUCAAAAAGAAAAGAUGGGUCCGUUACAAGCUCGCUGGAUUGAGGCAUAUUUUCCCUUCACUAGCCCGAGUUUUGAACUGGAAGUGCUCUGGAACGGGGAAUGGCUCGAACUUCUCGGCUGCGGUGUCGUCCAGCAACCGAUCCUCAACAAUGCUGGUUUGAGAAACAGCAUUGGAUGGGCGUGGGGCAUAGGGAUCGAAAGAAUCGCCAUGCUUCUGUUCGGUAUUCCCGACAUUCGUCUUUUGUGGUCCGAGGACAAGCGCUUCUUACAGCAGUUCAAGCAAGGCACUGUGACGAGAUUCGAACCGUUCAGCAAGUACCCGCCGUGUUACAAGGACAUUGCCUUCUGGAUCAACUCCUCCCCGGCAGCAGCGUCACCUAUUGGCGCGGAGUCGUCAUCGGGUGUGGCGGCCGCUGCGGGCGGAGAUGCCACGAAGGCUUCUCCCACGGAAACCCAGCCUGCGGCGUUCCAUGAAAACGAUAUCAUGGAAGUUGUCCGGGACGUGGCAGGCAGCUUGGUCGAGGACGUCCAGCUGGUCGACGAGUUCGUCCAUCCCAGGACGGGUCGCAAAAGCUUGUGCUACCGCAUCAACUAUAGAAGUCUGGAGCGGACGCUGACCAACGAAGAGGUGAAUGACCUGCAUAAUCAGGUGGCGGCAAAGAUGAAGUCGCUCUUCGACAUCGAGCUGAGGUGA